AUGCUCAUCCCGUGGCUCGCCCGCUGUUUAAUACCGUGGCUUUUGAUAUCAUAUGUCACGUGUACGCCUCUAUCGGAAAGGAAGAGCUCCCACGCCGUCCGGCAGUCCGUGGCGGGCGUAGUGACCGGAGUGAAGUCGCGGGACGAAAACGGAAACGUUUAUGUGCGCCGAGAGGUGAGGGACUUGAAGAACAACGCUCCAGACCAAUGGAGUCUUUACAUCUUGGCGCUUCGACAGCUUCAUACAACUCCGCAGAAUAACCCCAACUCAUACUACGGUAUUGCAUCAAUACAUGGAAGGCCUUACGAUGUUUGGGGAGAUGCACCAGGAAAGACGAACAAGAUCGGCAAGGCGGGCUAUUGCCCACAUGGCAAUGAGUUGUUCCUGGGUUGGCAUCGCCCGUACCUUGCGCUAUUUGAGCAAGCACUUUCAAGCCAUGUCCAUGAUAUCGCUACAAAAGCACCCGCCGACCAGAUCGAACGGUAUCUCAAGGCAGCAAACGAGUUUCGCAUACCGUACUGGGACUGGGCCCAGGGGACCACUACCGGCCCUGUUCCAGACUUCUUUACAGCCUCCGAAAUAGCGGUGACGGAUAUGGACGGCAGUCUGACAAUGGUGUCCAAUCCGCUGUAUUCCUACAAGUUCAAUCCCAUACCCGCUGGCUUUAAUCAAAAGUGGGCUUCUAUGAGCUCGACGAUACGAUGGCCGAGCGACGCUACCGCCAAUGCGACGGCGCGACAAUCCAUGUUCGUAGGUGCCUUCAACGACCAGUCCACCAAUUUGAUAGCUCAGAUUGGUGUUGCUUUCCGAGCGAGCAGUUUCUCCAAGUUCUCUAGUAUACUUGAAGACCCGCAUGGCUGGAUACAUGGUGUCAUCGGCGGGGGCUAUGAUCCCACGACGUCUUCACCCGGUCAUAUGUGGCCGCUGGAGUAUUCGUCUUACGAACCCCUCUUCAUGCUGCAUCAUGCCAACGUCGACCGCCUACUCGCACUAUACCAAGGAGCGCACCCCGAUCUUUGGAUGGAGAAGUCAAGCAUCGGGCCGCAUGGAAACGUCUAUCUUGACGACUACCAAGACGUCGACGCGAACACCGAACUCCUCCCAUUCAGAAAGGACCCCGGCAAAUUCAUGACCUUCAACGACUGUCGCAACACUACCGUCUUAGGUUAUGCCUAUCCGGAAACACAGCGUUGGAAGUUCUCAUCGGACGCUGCCUAUCAGACCGCUGUCACAGCAAGCAUUGCGACGAUGUACGGCGGGCGCAUGCGCGCACAAGCCGAAGUCCAGGUUGCCAGUACUAGACCAACGCCAUUUGGAGAGACGCUUCAGGACAGCAACGGCACAUACACCGACUGGACCAUCGAGACACAAGCCAUUGCUUCCAAACUUCCACCAUCGUUCAUCGUCAAGUACUCGCUCGGCAGCAUGUUUCACACCGAUCCUGUCGUCGAGGUGGGAAGCUGGAUGAUGUUGAUGCCGGAGCGACUCGACAACGUGCACACCCAGAAAGAUCCGUCGGUACCGGAGAAAUUGAUAAACGGAACGACAAGCAUCACACCUUAUCUCGUCGAGCAAAUCGAGAAUAAGAGCUUAAAGAGCCUGGAGCCCAGCGACGUAGUGCCUUUCUUGACCGAGAAGCUGACCUGGAAUGUGUACGAUCAAAAUGGCAAACACAUCAAGUUCCCAGAUCAAAAGACCCUUUCAGUAAAGGUGUCCAGCACCAGCGCGCGCGUACCAGACAACGAGGAAGAGCCGAUCGAAUACGACGAUGGAACCACAGCUUACCCCGAGAUCACGGCAGGCAAGUCUGGUGGUGAUAAGAUGGGUCCUCCGGGGAUGAUGCGUCCAUGA